AUGGCUCGUCUGCAGCUUGCCCCGGACGAGGCCACGGCACUCGCCCUGCAAGCCGUCCAUGACCGCCUCAUCGGCUGCCUCUUCGGGUCAGCGCUCGGCGACGCCAUCGGCCUCUACACCGAGUUCCUGACGGCAGACAUGGCCGCCAGCUCCUAUCCGUCGCGCUUCUUCACGCUUCUGCCCAGGUCCCGGGCCACCGAAUUCCGGACCGACGCACACCGCGAUCCGCACCAGCCCGGCGAGUGGACCGACGACACGGACCACGCCCUGCUGAUACUGCUUUCCUUUCUUCACACAGACGGCGCCGACUGCAACCCGCAAGAUUUUGCCUCGCGACUGCAUAUCUGGGUACGCCAGGGGCUGCGGGCGCUCGACACGCUGCCCAUGGGCCUCGGAAGGACCGUGGGGUCCAUUGUGCGCAACAAGACGUACCUGGACGAUCCAGAAGGCACGGCGAGGCAGCAUUGGGUCAACUGCGGAUUCAAUGCGGCGCCCAACGGCAGCCUCAUGCGGACGCACCCGCUCGGUCUUGUGAGCUUGGACAAGACGCUCGACGAGACCUUUCAGUUGGCUGCCGAUUUCUCCGUGCUCACACACGUCGAUCCGCGCUGCGUCGUCUCGUGCGCCAUCGGGACUGCCCUGGUUCGAGGGCUACUGCGGCACGAGGUCAAGGCCGAGGAGCACAUAGACCAAGUCGUCGACCAGGCCAUUGCCUGGUACUCUGCCUAUCGGGAGAGACAGAUGUCACAGAACGCGAAUCGCAAAGACGAGCCGGAGCUGGACGUCGAUGAGCUCAGACGGCACGCAAAGGUAGAGGAUCUGGCGCAUCUCAAACUGGACGAGAUGGGCAAGAUUGGCUACGUGUACAAGACGCUCGGUUCGGGAAUUCACCUACUACGCAUGGCGAUGCGCAAGGCCUCUGCCGCAAGCAGCUCUCUGACCUGGCAAGUCAGCAUCUUUGAGCCGCUGAUUGUCGACCUCAUUAUGCGAGGCGGCGACGCCGACACCAACGCCUGCUUCGCGGGGGCUCUGGUCGGCGCCUUGGUCGGAUUCAAGGCCCUGCCCUCCCACUGGCGGGACGGGCUCAAGCACGGGGCCUGGCUCAUGGACAAGGCCGAGGGGCUGAGCAGGCUGCUGGGCGUGGCCGACGGGCGAUAUAGCGGGAGCGAGGACCCGGACACGGCGCCGGACGGUGGACGGGGGUUCCUGACGGACCGGCAGAUGGAGGAGAAGGUGAUGUUGCUGCAGAUCCGAAUGACGCAGGAAGGGCAGAGGAGAAGGGAAAGGGAGGCGAGGGGAAAGAGCAAGGGGAGGGGAUGGUUUGGCAGCUGGAGAUAG